CGCGCCCUUCCUCUCGUUACUAGCGCUUAAGCAUCUAUUGCCCACCAGGACUGUUGAAUGGUGGCGAUCUCUCCGAGGCUUGGGCGACCGGAGGAUACGGGCGUAAACGUUGACGGGCACCCUGCCAGCUUUUAAAACCUUCUAAUACCGCGGCACACCAACGUCCCUCGUUUCUGUCCAUUUAAUACUACUACCGCUACUUUACUUCACUUCGACAUACUCAACCCUUCAACGGCCCGGGCCGGUACUACUUACUACUUGCUACCACUCCCAAAGACCACAACUACCUAUAUACCCAGCACGGUCAUCAUGAGUAGUGAGCCCACCUCCACGAAACCUAAUCCGCCCGAGCGAUCGGAUUCAUCGUCCUCCUCUUCCAUGGAGAACCAGGAAAUCCACAACCCUAUUCCAGUACGACCGCGUCUGCCGAACCGAAAGAGCAGCGGCACCCUCAUAGUCCCUCGAGAUUCUUCCCAAGUCGGCCCCGUAGAGCCGGAUCUCGAGCCGGAUGACGUCAGGGCAAUGAGCCCGAGGAGAACGAGCGAGGACAUCGAGGUGAUGGGGCGUGAGGCGCGAGAGGAGCUUCACAAGCACGCGAGAGCAUUGCAGGAUUCUCUCCUAAUGAUAUUCAACCGGAUAGAAGCCGUCAAGGAGGAGCACGACAAACUGGAUAGCCAUAACAAGUUUUUGCAAAAAUACAUCGGCGACCUCAUGAGCACGAGCAAGAUUACCUCCACCAACCGAGGCAGAAAGUGAGAGCGCGUGCCGCGGUGGGGAGUGAAGUUGUACGAUGACGGCGGUCGCGUCGUGACGAGAGGCGCUAAUGUGAUGCCUACAUCGAAUCCUGCGAUUUGAAAUCGCUUACGGCACCGGAGAUCGAACUAGACCGUCGAUCGUGCGAUGCGUCACCCACAAAAUUCGCCGGUAGCCACGAGUCGCCUCUUAACACUUUUUAUUUUAUUUUAGUACUAUCGCCUCAGCCGAACAUCUAGAGUGGCCUUAUUCUGGAGACUUCGAUUCUGAGUGUGUUAUAUCACGCGGCAGCGCCGCGACAACACGAGGGUGUUGUCGUGCCGUACUGUGAAAUUUUAUACCCGGGACAGGGAAAUCCGGUGUGGGAAAAGUGUCUACACCACUGCCGUUUCAUGACUUACAUCAGCAUCAGGACCACCACCAGUGACUCACAGGAUGGUUG